GGUUUGUUUUCUUUUGACAGAAGGAGACCGACGUCGACGCAGGAUGCGGUGGUUUGCGCUGAUAUUGGUGUUCGCUGCGUUAUCUACAGCGAGCCCCGCUCCCGAACCCAAGAAGUACAAGCCCGAAGUCAAGGAAUCCAAAACAAAUUCGAGCCUCACAAAUGAAGAAAGGCAAUUCCUGAGGGAGGUAGAAGCAAAAUUCGGAAUCAAAACCGAUGUGCCUGUAGACGAAGAGAAAAAUAAGUCUGACAAUGCAACAACGAAACUGCCACCCAAAGGAGACUUACCCAAAUUGCCAUUCCCUGCGGUUAUCGCUAUUGAAAUAGUAAACGAUACGGACUCGAAGGGAAAAGGAAAAAGGACCAUCGAUGCUAAUUUGGGGUACGGAUACAGAACAAACACUGGUUAUAGUUACUCCUAUUUUGGAAAGCCACAAGAAAAAGGAAAAUUCGUGUUAUACCCAUAUUCGCAGGAAGAUAUUCCUCCAGCGCGUGCUAAUAACCAAUACAUGAAAGGAGGUUAUACAACGGCCUCACCGAAUGUAGAGAUCCAGCCGUCCCAGGCUUAUGAACUCGUUCCAGUUAAAGAAGAACAAACGAACUCUUAUGAAUACAAUAAACCCUCGACUGAGUAUAAAUCAAACUAUGAAAACGUGGAGGGAUUAGAAUCUCCUCCACCGCUGCCAUACAAAUCAUCGCAGUCUUCACCCUCUACUUUAUACACAACAUACAAUGGAGAUCAUUUUUCUGGAUUGAGUGGACAAUUUCCCUCAGUUAUGCCUAACUUCUUCGUAGAUUCAUCUCAACUCCUUAAAAGCCCUCAAUACCAGAGUGCUGGCUUAACUUCAGAUUACAUCCGAUCACACGGACCUCAAUUAGAACAAAAAGUGGUUCCUGUACUAGUUUUGAGGAUCCCAAGCUCGUAUCUUAAGAAUCCAUCAGCUGAAUUGUAUGCUAACUUACCACAAAACUAUCCGAUAUCUCAGUAUUUGAACAAUGUUAAUUUGCAAGAGUUAGUCAAUCAGUAUUUUGCUAAGAUUGGAUAUUCAAUAGCACCUCAAAUUAUGUCUUACAACCAUUCGCCUUUAUCAGCGCAUGUGUCUGCAGCAGCGGUUGCCGCGCCAGUCUCGUCUCCUGCGUCUCAAUACGAACCCCAACAAUAUGCGAACCCGUACGUGCGACCAGCUUAUACGCAAGCAGAUUACUCCGGAGUUCAAUAUUCCGCAGUUCAACCUGUCAUGGCUAAAUAUCCUUCAAAGUAUUCUUCUCCUCAGUAUUAUAUGACGCCAGCUCAAGCGGUUUACCAUCAGCAACCUGUGCAAAACCAGCAGUAUGAGUACCAAUACCAGUAUGUUCAAUCCCCAGCAUCAUAUCAACAAUAUUACGUUGAUAAUGUUGAUCCUGAUUAUCAGCAUAUUUCAAGUCAAACUCAUGGCCAAACUGCAGCAGCAGUAGACCAAGAGUCUACUGUUCAACAUGCUCCUGCUCAUGUACAGUACGAGGAAUCCCAGGCGGCUGCCCAACAGCAAGCACAUGAAGUCCCCCAGUCAUCUCAAUAUAGACCACAACAGCUGCAGUCACAGCAAUAUGAAACGGAAGCGGAGUAUGAGCUACCCAAAGAAGUUCCUAAAGAUGAUGCUCCUACAAAAGUAUCUGUGAGUUCCUACAGUACGCCUAAACCGCAAUAUGGAGCUCCUCAAGAACAGCAGCAAUAUUACUCUCCUAAAGAACCCAUUCAAAAGGAAACUAUUGCAAUUUAUCCGUCAUCUCCACAGAGUCAAACGAUACAAAGAUACCAAUUCGAUCCUCAAUCAGGUCAUUCACAGAACUACUAUUAUGAAAAACAAGUUGGUGAUGAUUCUGCCAGCAAAACUAUCGUCAUCUCGGAGAAUUAUCCCAGCCAAGCUCACACGAUUGCUACCGUUUUACCCUUCCACAAAACGACGCCAAAACCAAGCAAAUCAAUGCAAUCUGUAAACUACGUUACUCCUGAGCCAUUUUCUUCCAAAUACCAGUCAAGAUAUAACAUUAUGGUUCCACAAACAGUUCUUGGAGGUGCAACUGCAUCCAAUGAGAAAGUAUCCUAUGUCAAUUCUCACUCGUUACCCGCGCACUACCUUCAAAGUGGGUCACAACAAAACUUUGAAGAGGAGUAUACAAGCGGGCUCCAUCAAGUACCUGAUAGAAGUUCACAAAAGGCUCCCUCCUUCCCAAGAAACUACCACAGUCAACCGAAGCGAAUGGUGAAACAAGAGAACAAACCAGAGAGCUCACCGUCAUCAUCUUCGAGGAAACGAAACGACAAAAACAACAAAAAGAAAUCAUCGUAGAGUAGCAAUCCUUAUGCCUAUUUAAAUGUUUAAAUACUUCUGUAAAUAUAGCGUUAAACAUAAUAAUAAGUUUUUUACAGUUAAGUUGAGAAUAGGUAGAUAAUAUAAAAAUUUAAUCAAUUAUUUGUAAGGGAUUGAAAAAUGUGAUACAAAUAUUAGU